CGCAAUGCUUUCGGAUCGGAACGGUUUUGAUUCGCAGCGCCUCGCAACUCGUUAUCAGUAUCAAUCCGCAGUUUCGAUAGUCAUUCGUGAGAUAGUGCGUAUACUAUCUCGAGGACGUUUACUCAUUUUAUUUUAUAGUUUAGUAGUAGAUAUAAACGCACCAUAGAAUCAAUUUCAACAAUGUCAAUCUCAACCAGUGCACGAUACUUGGCUCAGAAUCUUUACAGCAGCUGGUACUGCUUACUCAUUCCUCGCAAUGUUCAUCUCUCACGAUAUCUCUUGCAUGGAGAGUAUGAAUGGCAGGAUCCAAAAAGCGAGGAUGAAGUGGUCAACAUCACCUACAUCGACAAAACCGGAAAGCGAAUGCCGGUUCGAGGUAAAGUAGGUGACAAUGUCCUCUAUCUAGCCCACCGGUUCGGCGUCGAAAUGGAGGGCGCCUGUGAGGCUUCGCUAGCCUGCACAACGUGUCACGUGUACGUCCUGGGGGACUACGGGAGCAAGUUGCCACCUUCGGAGGAAAAAGAAGACGAUCUACUAGACAUGGCUCCAUUUUUGAAGGAAAACUCCCGACUGGGUUGCCAGAUAGUGCUAACCAAAGAGCUGGAAGGUAUGGAACUGCAGCUACCGCAGGCGACGAGGAAUUUCUACGUGGAUGGACACAAACCGAAACCGCACUAGGAUAGGGCCGUUGUUGGGAACCCCAUUGUGUAUAGGGCAGCGAAUUUUGUAGAUAUAUUAUAAUAGCUAGUAGUUACUAUACAUUGUUUGAAGACAUAUUUCGGUUUUAGAGUAUGGAAAUAUAAAAAUAAUUCUCAAAUUUGCUACAGUAAAGUAGGUACUGUUAUGACAAAAAAGUUUGUGGUUCCUGACGAAAUACUGAAAACGCCAAUUAUACACCAGUAAAACUCAUCAGCAGUUCUUAGCAGUGAUACUCAAGCCU